AUGAGAGGGGGACGAGAUCGGUUUGCUGUCGUUCGACCUGGGAAUGCCUUUAGAGACAAACCUGGUCGUUCCAACUUUUCAAAAUUUGGAUUGCAACGGGUAUCUUCAGAUAAAAUUACUGAAAUGGGUUUAUUUCUUCAUGCAUGCGAGGGCGAUAUGGUAUGCAAAUCAGUCAAUUCCAAAAUCCCAUAUUUUAAUGCACCAAUUUAUUUAGAGAAUAAGAAUCAAAUAGGAAAAGUUGAUGAGAUCCUUGGACCAAUGAAUGAAGUAUAUUUUACAAUCAAAUUGCAGGAAGGCAUAGUUGCAACAUCUUUUAAACCAAACGAUAAAGUAUAUAUUGGUGAAGAUAAGCUGUUGCCAUUAGAAAGAUUUUUGCCUAAGCCACCUGCUCCGAAAACAGUGAAUAUGAGGGGAGGAUAUCAAAGAGGAGGACGUGGAGGAGGACGUGGAGGUGAACGUGGAGGUGGUCGUGGUCGUGGAGGGGGUCGUGGAGGUGGUCGUGGCUCACCUAGAGGAGGUCGAGGUGGUGGUGGUAAUCGACGAAUUUUUCAUUCAUAA